CCCGGCGUCGUUGUUCUAGACCAUUGGAAACGGUAGAGAUUGUGGUUGAGGACCCACCUGCUCUACCAGAGCACAAUGGUUCAGAUUCCAAGAAGUCCAAAUUUAUCCUUUCUUACCACAGUACAAUCAGAGCAAGCUUGGACUGGCUCAUUCUGGUCUCCAUCUUCUAUGUUACUGUGAGAGUGCCCUAUGACAUAUGCUUCACUAAUAACAUGACCUACAGCAUAUCUGCGUGGGACAUUGUUGUAGAGUUACUGUUCAUCACAGACAUCAUUUUCAGUUUUCGCACAGCUUUCAUCGACAAGUCAGGGCAGGUGAUCGCUGAUGGUCGACAGAUAUGCAUCUGUUACCUGAAGACGUGGUUCGCAGUUGACCUGAUCACAUCACUGCCUUUCGACCUGCUUACGUUUACCCUUGACGUGAAACUUGUCCAGAUGAUUAAAGCUGUGCGUCUGCUUCGUUUGCUGAAGCUUGGGCAGAAGAUGGACCGCUACACUCAGUAUACCUCAGGGGUCCUGAUCCUGCUCAUGUCCGUGUUUCUUGUUGUGGCCCACUGGAUGGCUUGCAUCUGGUAUCUUAUUGGCCAGAUGGAGAGGAACUGGGAUGUUGGAUGGCUUCGCAGGCUGGGGAAUGAUAUAAAUAUGCCGUACCAUGCAGUGGGAGCUGUAAAUGCGCCCAGCGGUGGUCCCCCCAUCCACAGCGUCUACAUCGCAUCACUCUACUUCACCCUCACCAGUCUUACCAGAGUGGGCUUCGGCAAUGUGUCACCAAACACUGACGCAGAAAAGAUCUUCUGUAUUUGCAUCAUGGUAUUAGGAGCACUGAUGUAUGCUGUGGUUUUUGGCACUGUGUCAACCAUCGUCCAGAACCUGCAAGCUUCCCUCAGGCAGAAACUGUUGGAGGACGUUCAGAUAACUGUCAACAAUUGUUUUGACAUUAAUGAGGACCAGAAGAAAGAUUAA